AUGAGGCUCUCUAUCAAACCCGUAACUACUCCAAAUCCCUCCACACUCAUCGUCCCUACCCAAAAAUUCAAGACAAUAAUCAGCUGCUGCUGCACUCUCACUCAAUCACCAACAUCCUCAACCCCCAAUCAGGCCACUUUCACACAAAACCUACCCAACUGGGAGCAGCUGCUCAACCCCGUUUCCCUCAGCUCUCUAACACUAACCCAGCCCAUCACCCCCAUCACAACCACCACCUCUGUUACCGCCACAAAACAACCCAUUCGCAAAAUCUGGGAAGAGUACCAAGGCGUCAAGAACUGGGAAGGCCUUCUAGACCCACUGGACGACAACUUACGCGGCGAGAUUCUCCGGUACGGGCAGUUCGUCGAUGCCGCAUACAAGGCGUUUGACUUUGACCCGGAUUCACCGUCCUACGCAACCUGCAAGUACCCCAAGAGCUCCUUGUUCGAAAACUGCGAGCUCCCGGCAACUGGCUACCGCCUAACGAAAAAUCUGCGUGCUACGUCUGGCAUCCAGCUGCCACGGUGGAUCGAAAAGGCUCCCAGCUGGGUCGCCACACAGUCCAGUUGGAUUGGCUACGUGGCGGUGUGCCAGGACAAGAACGAAAUCACUAGGCUAGGGAGGCGCGACGUGGUGAUCUCCUUCCGAGGCACCGCCACGUGUUUAGAGUGGCUCGAGAAUCUUCGGGCUACUCUCACGCACCUCCCGUCUAGAACUAAUAACAAUUCAUGUCUAAACGAGUGCGAGCCAAUGGUGGAAAGUGGUUUCUUGAGCCUCUACACCUCAGGGACCCACUUAAUGCCAAGCUUGCAACAAAUGGUACGUGAAGAGAUUGCACGUUUGCUUCAAUCGUACGGCGACGAGCCACUCAGCCUGACCAUCACUGGCCACAGCCUCGGCGCCGCACUUGCCACUCUCGCAGCCUACGACAUCAAAACGACGUUCAACCGGUCCCCGCUCGUUACCGUCAUGUCGUUUGGCGGGCCACGUGUUGGCAACCGGAGCUUCCGGCGUCACCUGGAAAAGAAAGGAGCCAAAGUGUUACGCAUUGUCAACUCUGACGACGUGAUAACUAAAGUCCCCGGUUUCGUAAUCGACGAAAACGAAAGGCAUCACGUGGCCUGCGACCGCGGGGCCUACAAGAGGGUGGAGAUCCAGAACUGGCUCCAGAAGAAGGUGGAGGACACACAGUGGGUGUACGCGGAAGUAGGGAAGGAGCUGAGGUUAAGCAGCAAGGACUCUCCGUACGUGAACGGCACCAACGUGUCCACGUGUCACGAGCUCAGCACGUAUCUCCACCUGGUCGAUAAUUUCGUCAGCAGAAAGUGUCCGUUCAAAGCCACCGCGAAGAGAUUGUUAGGUAGACACUGGUAAACAAACUUUAGAGAGAGAAACGACUAACGACG